AUGAAAUCCGGUCUUAUUCUCACUCUGGCCGCAGCAGCAGUCUCCAGCGUUGAUGCAUACUACAAAGGCUUCAAUAUUGGUGCCAAUCUUGCAUCUGGAGCAUGUCGAAAUGAAGCCGAUUGGGAAUUUGCCUUCAACAAAAUAGCUGGAUUUCCAGGUAACUUCAAGAAUGUCAGAUUGUACGCUUCAAGCGAUUGCAACACUCUUGCAAACGCAGUACCUGCCGCUAUCCGGACAGGGACAACUCUCUUGGUCGGUAUCUGGACUGAAGAUGAUGCUCACUUCGAGGCCGAGAAGCAAGCUCUACUACAAGCAAUUCAACAAUAUGGAUCAGAUUGGAUCCUGGCCGUCUCCGUUGGAUCAGAGGAUCUAUAUCGCAAGGAUACAGAUGCCAAUACACUUGCUGCAAAGAUCAAUGAUGUCCGUGGCAUGUUGUGGGGCCUCGGAGCAUCUGGAAAAUCCGUUGGGCACGUCGAUACCUGGACCGCCUGGGUUGAUCCUGCGAACGCCGCUGUGAUCAAUGCCGUUGACUGGCUUGGCAAUGAUGCAUACCCUUAUUGGGAAGGUGUCAGUAUCGACAAUGGUGCCUCGAGCAAUGCCUACUGGGCUGCAGUAGAAAAAGUCCGAAGCGUGUCACAAGGCAAAGAAGUCUGGACCACUGAAACAGGCCAGCCCAUCACUGGGGACACCGUCGGAAAUUCGGUACCAUCGAUCGACAGCCUUCAAACCUUCUGGUGGCAAGUGUCGUGUUCCAGCUUCAACAGCUUGAACUACUUUUUCUACGACCUUGAUGACUUUUCGGCUUCUCCAAGCUUUGCUGUUGUUGAUCACGACUACAAUCCUCUGAUCGAUUUCUCUUGUGCUUGA